AUGAGACUAGUUUUAAGAAUUUUCAGAAGCAAGAUGUCACUAGAUUCAUUGUCGAAAAUCCAACCUGAUCUACUUAUGGUUGAAACUUCUGCGGCUACUUCUCAUCUACCACCAUUAAAUGAUACUAAGUCACUAAGUCAUGCGGCAGCUGUGUAUAAGAAAGAUUUGCAAGCACCACGACAUGUGGUGACGAGUAAAAAUGACCAUGAAUUGUUAAGUGAACACUCACGCAUGUGUCGAAAUGUUGCCAAUGUGAUCGAUAAAUGUCGUACGAUUGGUGGAAAUGCGUAUGCUGAACAAUUUUUAAGGCAUGAAAAAAUUAACAUACUUAAAGAGUUAAAAACAGCUUCUCUUAUCAAUCGUGGACCUCCAGGAAUAUCAAAUAGUUCUCAUCUGCACUGGGAUUUGCUGCUUCGUAGAGACGAAACAGUUGAACCUUGUGAUUAUUUGAAUUUUGAUUACAGUGCCAAGUUUUAA